GAGAAAUUCUGUCGGAGUCACCUCUGCUGGGCACAGGGAGAGGCAGGGAAAACUCAGAAGGCGCCACUGGCAACGAAGACUGGAGUUGCCUUGGAGGAGGGCAGGAGCUGGGUAGAAGGGUUGGAGCUUUGGCCAAGCGCACUUGCAAGAUCAGAGGGGACGCCUGGAAGGAGACUAUCUGGCGGUCGCAGGGUGCAACGCUUCCCCGCCCGGGCGGAGCGAGGCUCAGACAGCACCCUGCCGCGGUGGUCCCAGCCUGCGCGCCCCUGUGCCCGCGCGCGUCUGUCUCUGCGCUCUGGGAACCGGGUCCUAGCACCGCAGACUUCCCAUCCCUCGCCCGCCCUUUCCGUCUUUCUUCUCAACGCGCCCAUAGACAAUGGAUGGCAACUCCCUGCUCUCCACGCCAAGCGAGUUGGAGUCACCCCUGAUGUAUGAGGUUCCGGAACUGCAGCAGGGCAGCGCCAGCGGCAGCUUGGGAAGUAGCUUGGGUAGCUCCAUCACUGCGUGUAAGAAGGUUCUCCGCAGCAACAGCCUGCUGGAAUCUACAGACUACUGGCUGCAGAAUCAGAGGACGCCCUGCCAAAUUGGUUUUGUGGAAGACAAGUCUGAAAACUGCGCUUCUGUGUGCUUUGUGAACCUGGAUGUGAACAAGGACGCAUGCAGUACAGAGCACCUGCAGCAGAAAUUGGGCAAUGUCUCACCAGAUCUUCCAAAAUUUAUAAGCUCCAUGAAUGUCCAAAAGCCAAAAGAAAAUGAAAUUGUCCUCCUAAGUGGGUUAACAUCUGGAAAUCUCCAGGCAGAUUUUGAAGUUUCACAGUGUCCUUGGUUGUCAGAUAUCUGCUUGGUCCAGUGUGCAAGAGGGAACAGACCAAACAGUACCAACUGCAUCAUCUUUGAAAUCAACAAAUUUUUGAUUGGUCUGGAACUGGUGCAGGAGCGGCAGCUCCACCUGGGAACAAACGUCUUAAAAGUGGAGGAUGACACAAAUUGUUCCUUGUCUUCAAUUGAAGAAGACUUUCUCACCGCAUCCGAGCACUUGGAGGAGGAAAGUGAGGUGGAAGAAUGCAGGAACGGUUAUGAAAAUAUAAAUGUCUCAGACAAUGUUUUGGAAAAUAAAAAGCCAAAGGAAGCCACUCAGGAGGAAUGGAAUUACAAAAAGGAAAAGUUACUUUAUGCUUUGGAAGAUAAAUAUGUUAGCAAAUAUCAUACACUGUUGAUUAAAACAGAAGGAUCUCUGGGAAAAGUGGCAGAAGAUACAGGUUUGCAGAGUCUAGAUCCCUCAACCAAGCCAUCAGAGUGGAAAGGUGAAGUUGUGGGGAAUGAUAAGCCAACCACAAGUUAUUAUUAUUCAGAAAAUUUUAAAGGUCAAGAGGGAAAAUCACAGGCACUAUGUAUUCCAGGCAAUGCUUAUUUCUCAGGGAUGGUUAAGAGAGAUGGACAUUCUGCAUGUGGUACUUUCUCUGAGCAUGACAUCAGUUUAGACCCAGGAGACCAUGAAGAUGGCACAAACUCCAUUCUUCCCAUAAAAGAUGGAGAAGCCACAACCGGCGAGUAUGCUACGAAUUUAGCAGAAUCUGUGCUGCAAGAUGCAUUUAUUCGAUUAUCUCAGUCUCAGCCUACCCUACCCCAGGAAUCUGCAGUCAGUGUUUCUGUAGGAAGUGCGCUGCUCGCCAGUGGUUGCUCCACAGAAGAUAUCGGGGUCCCUCGGUCAUGGAAUGAGCUCCCCCAAAUUGUCAUUGUUGAGAGUCCAGAAGGCAGCGAUGCUGGCCCUGAGCCAGGUAUCUCCUCGUGGCCCAAGACAGAAGCCUCACUUGAAACUUCAGGCAUCCUCUCUGGAGAGAACUCCAGCAAACACCCCCAGAGUGCUCUAGAAGUAGCAUUAGCCUGUGCAGCCACUGUGAUUGGAACCAUUUCCAGUCCACAGGCCACAGAAAGAUUCAAAAUGGAGCAAGAAUCCCUGGUUUCAAACCAUCCACUGGGAGGAAAUGAAGCAGUGCAAGCUCAGUCAUCUCAAGUAUUCAAGGAACACUCCAUCAGCAAAUAUUCCUUUCCAUCUGCUCUGUGUGGCAUGACUCAGGUGGCAAGUGCUGUUGCUGUCUGUGGCGUGGGUGAAACAGGAGAGGUGAAGUGCCCUGUGGCUUCAAGUGGCUUCUUGUCUGCAGCUGAGGUUUCUGCAGCAGUGCCCCCACUUUGUGGUUCAGUGACCGGGAAGAGCAUGGAGCUGGGGAAUGAAGUCAUUGCAGAGGCAUUGCUCAAGGAGGCCACUCUGGUCUUAACGAGACCUAAUGCCUACAGCAGCAUUGGAGACCUCAUGGAAUCAAUGAAUAGGAGAAUCGUAGAAACUGUUUCAAAGCCUCAGACCCUGUGCUCAGAAAAUGUCCUUGGGAAUGAACUGGCACAGACCCUGUCCAAUGUUAUCCUGAAGCAUUCCAUUGAUGAAGUUCACCAGAAAAAUAAAAUAAUCGACCCCAACGAUGGCAGGCACUCAUCUGAAACCCUGGACACCUUAAUGGAAAGUACAAAUCAGCUGCUCUUCAGUGUGAUAUGCUUCACUUUCAAGAAGAUAAGCCACCUUGUACAGCUUGGUGAACAUCCCACCAUCCUUUCUAAGGAGACCAUCAGAUGGAGGGAAACCGAACUAGACUUCCAGCCAACUAAUCAGGCCACUUGUCAAGCAUGGACAAAAGCCACUGACUACUCCAGCAGCCAUCCUCUUAGCAACCUGCAUAGCACCAGCCUUGUUAUCAAUGAUCUUGUAGACGAUGAGCAUGCAAAGCAAGAUAGCAAGGGCCCAGAGAAGCCCGGCCUCUCCCAGAACCCCCCACUGCAAUCUGAAUUGUCCUGUAUUCCCAGAGUGUCUGUUAAAACAGCCCCCAAGGAAAUAUAUCUGAAAGGAAUGGUGGGAGAGGAUACAAAAAACCCUCAUCAACAAUCCAGUCACAAUGAGAGUGAAUGCAGAGCCCCUUCAGAGGAAGAAAUGACACCAACCGUUGGCAAGUACAUCAGUUCCCAGGACGCUGAGGACAGCAUCAAUCCAAAUGCUCAAGAAAAGUACAAUUGUGCCUCACCUCUAAACAAUGAAGUUCAAGCUAACCUGUCUUUGUUAGGGAAUGAUUUGCUGCUUCCUGCUCAAUCCACGCUACCGGCAAAACACCCAGACAUAUACUGCAUUGCAGACUUUGCAGAAGAAUUAGCAGAGACCAUUGUUUCCAUGGCAACUGAAAUAGCAGCGAUUUGCCUUGACAACUCCAAAGGAAAACAACCCUGGUUCUGUGCAUGGAAAAGAGGGAAUGAGUUUCUGGUUACCCCCAACGUAUCCUGCCGACCCUUGAAGAGGAAGAAAGAGAGCCAGGCCGGUGGGGCCCCUGUGAGGAAACACAAGCCACCGCGACUCAGCGAGAUCAAGAGGAAAACAGAUGAGCACCCGGAGCUUAAAGAGAAGCUGAUGAACAGGGUUGUGGACGAGUCGAUGAACCUUGAGGACGUCCCAGAUUCUGUAAAUAAUUUUGCAGACGAAGUGGCGGCCAAGAUCAUGAACCUCACAGAGUUCUGUAUGGUGGACGGUGUCUGGCAAGCCCAGAGCUACCCUCGGAGUCGGUUACUCAGUGGAGACAGGUGGAGCCGGCUGAAGGCCUCCAGCUGUGAGAGCAUUCCAGAGGAGGACCCCAACGCCAGGGCGUAUGUGAAUAGCCUGGGUUUAGCCAGUACCCUAAGCCAGCCAGCUAGCAGGGCCAGCUCCGUGUCCAAGCAGUCGAGCUGUGAGAGCAUCACGGAUGAGUUUUCCAGGUUCAUGGUGAACCAGAUGGAAAAUGAAGGAAGAGGGUUUGAGUUACUGCUGGAUUACUACGCAGGCAAGAAUGCCAGCAGUAUUCUGAACUCAGCUAUGCAACAGGCCUGCCGGAAAAAUGACCACCUCAGUGUGAGGCCAAGCUGUUCCUCAAAGCAAUCCAGCACCGAAAGCAUCACCGAGGAGUUCUACAGGUACAUGUUGAGGGACAUUGAACGAGAGAGCAAAGACGGCGCCUCCUCCGGACGAAGCAGCCAGGACUGGACGACUGGCUUGCUGUCGCCUUCUCUGCGAUCCCCGGUGUGUUACAGACAGUCAUCCAUGCCCAACAGCAGAUCCCUGGGCGCCAGGCUGAUGGUGAAUGUGCCCAUCAAAGCCAACUCCUUAGAUGGCUUUGCUCAAAACAGCCAGCAAGAUUUCCUCAGCGUGCAGCAGGUCGGUAGCGCUUCCUCGUCGGGUCUCUGCAAAUCUGACUCUUGCUUGUAUCGGAGAGGUGGGGCCGACCAGAUCACAAACAUGUUAAUUCACGAGACGUGGGCAAACUCAAUCGAAGCCCUCAUGCGGAAGAACAAAAUUAUAGUGGACGACGCCCGGGCAGCUGAUGCUGAGCCUGCUUCCGGUGGCUCUUCCUUGCAGGUGGAGGAGAGUGCGAGCAGAUUGGCUUCGAGCAGAGUGCAAAGUGGGCCAGCUCGGCUUGUUCAGGAGUCUGUUGAUUACCCAAGGAAAAACUCCAUUACUGAAAACAAACAUCCCCCAAUGUCGUCUCCAAGCAAAGCUGCGCCUCUUGCAAACCACAACAGUUUAGAUUCUAGAAAGGAAAAGUCCUCGUGCCAGGAUGCUGUCCUUCUAAGCCACACCAGGCAAUCACUUUGCUCAAGGGAAGUGCCUUUAAUUCAGAUCGAAACAGAUCAGAGGGAAGAAUGUGUUGGAGAACCUGAACACGUCCUUUCCAAACGCAGCCCCCUAGAGGAAGCAGAAGAGUGCUUGAAAGAAGAAAAGGUCCCACAUGUGGCGAGGGGUGGAGACACUACUGUGAGUUCCUGCCAAAACCCUAGCGACAGCAUUGAUGCCAGAGAUGUACCAGAGGCUGAAGUCUCAACAGAAGGCAGAGCCCCCGAUGAGUUCUCCAACCCUCCCGGCAGCAGUGGAGAGAGCACAGACAGCUGGUCCCAGCUCGUCAAUGAGGAAGACAACCCAGAUGACACCAGCAGCUUCCUGCAGCUCAGCGAGCGAUCCAUGAGCAAUGGCAACAGUAGUGCCACUAGCAGUCUUGGCAUUAUGGACCUGGACAUUUAUCAGGAAAGCAUGCCAUCUUCUCCCAUGAUUAAUGAAUUAGUAGAAGAAAACGAGAUUCUUAAAGGACAGUCAGAAAACAUAGAGGAACGUGCCUCUGGAAUGCCAGUGGGAACAGCCAGCCGCCAGGGGAGCCUGCUGGUGAUCAACUUUGACCUGGAGCCAGAAUGUCCUGACACUGAGCUUCGAGCCACUCUGCAGUGGAUAGCUGCCUCUGAACUCGGGAUCUCCACUAUCUACUUUAAGAAAUCUCAAGAAAACAGAAUCGAAAAGUUUCUAGAUGUCAUGCAGCUGGUUCAUCAGAAGUCCUGGAAAGUGGGAGAUAUCUUUCAUGCAGUUGUUCAGUACUGCAAAAUGCAUGAGGAACAGAAGGAUGGGACCCCGAGUCUCUUUGACUGGCUCUUGGAACUGGGAUAAGGCAGCGAUGCCUUUAGAGUACCCCUUUCCUUCAUUCCAGCUUAGAUUACAGUGGUUUGCGCUAAACUUUCUCAAAACAUCACAUCACAUUAGCAGAGCUAUGAAAAAAUCUGCUGUUCAAGUCUGCUGCACAUAGAAUAAAUCUGAGGAAAAGCAAAAUAUCAGUCUAUACAAAUCAAUACAACCGGUGGGUGAGUUCAAAGGAGCUUGUAUUAGAAUGGCUGGAAAAAACAGAAUGUUAAUGGGCCAAAUGAAAAACUUAUAACUAGGCCCAAACUCCAGGAAAGUUGCACUUACAUAUUUUUAAUAAUAUAAAAUGUUAUGUAAUGUCUCCAAUUAUGUGAAUCAACUGGAAACAAAGUCACUGGUCAAAAUCAUUUUAUAAACUCUGCUGUAAUGUUUAUUUUACUUUUUUGAGCAGAUUAAGGGGUCUGUCAGCCCAGGUAAAUACUUAAGAUAUGGGCAAGACAUUUCCAAAACUUUGAUAUAAAAGCUUUCCAGUUUCAGACCGUUAUCAGUGGUUAUUAACAGAAAUACAAGAGUAUAUCAAUGUCCUCUACCAGGUGAUUUCAUUUAUCCACUACAGCCCACUGAUAAAUAUUCCACAUCUCCCAACAAUAUCUGGGUUCCUAGCUAAUCAGAAAACUAUUGGUGUUCAGCUGAGAGAGAGAAAGAUCAAAGAUUGUUUUGUUUCCUUCUAUAUAUUACAUGAGUAAAAUGAUUACAGAACUCUUACCCAAAAGGAAGAAGCUUUCUUACAAAAGAGCAUCUUUUGAGAUAAAAUCUGCUUGUAUAUUAAAUUAUAUAAAAUAUAAACUUUCAUUUUAUUUUUAUUGUAAAUUAUGAAGAGAUUGUUAUCUUAAAUAAUAUAUUGAGUUAGCCUUAGAGGUUCAUAAAAUAUGAAGAGAUUAUUGUCUUAAGUCGUAUAUUGACUCUUGAGCUCUGUGGUUUCAUUAUAAGAGUACCCAUAUGGCAGACUUGUUAGUCUUAUGACAUUUAUAAUGAUGGAUGCAGGAUUUGACAUAACCAGUUAGGAUCAUAAACUUCCUGAUUUAAGGAUACUAGCAUUUAAUUUGAGAAAAAUAAAAUAUUAUCACAUUUAAGUAUUUUAAAAACAGGGAUUUACUCUUUUGAAAAAUAAAGGUAUCUAACUUCUCCCCAGUAAGUCUUCUUUCCCUUCAACUGAAUGAGCUAGACUGGCUUUUAUUUUCUUGAUCAAAGAAAGUGUUUAUUAAAGAUUUCCUGAGAUACUAUGCUCUUACACUAUUUUUAAGCUUGUGAAGUAAUUUUAAAUGUGAACAAGACCCCACACCAUCAGUGCUGGCCUUGUGUGUCAUCCACAUUGACAAGAAAUUGACAUUUCUUGAAAUGUCAAGAAAGCUUCAUUGGAAGCUCUACUUCCUCCAUACCACCCACCCCAGGAAUCCUUUCCAGGACUGUUUAGGCAUUUAUUAUUAAAAAUAGUCCAAAUUUAGGUUGUAUGUUUAAUUUGACACAUUAAACAAAUGUCAAAUUUUAACAUUUAUCCACCAUCUCAAACUGAAAGUUCUUCAUGGUACUAAAUGGAAAAGGAUAUGUUUAUUUUUUACACAACCCCAGAAUAUUGUGUGUAGAUUUUUGUUGUGUUCAACUGAAUGUUUACUUAUCCUACAAAGCACAAAUACUGAAUUGUAAUCAUGUGAUGAAAUUAUAUUUGUUGUACCUAAUGUUGCAAACUAAUCAAUAAAUUU